AUGAGAAGGAUAUGGGGAAAUGUAUGUGGGGGACCUAAUUCCGUCCGAAUGAAAGGUUCCAACUUUGCUGUUAUGGUGUUUGCUCUGUUGCUGGCUCUGCUGUGCUUGAUUGAACUGUGCUCUGCGCUUGAAGUUUCAGUAGCCUGUAUGAUUGACUAUGAUUCAGGUGGUGCUCGUUCAGUUUUUCUCUCACCAGAAUGUCCUCAGUGGGAAUGGGUUCGUCUGAUCCAUUCUCCCCGCGAAAAUACUACAUCAAACUGUGACUUUGCUUCAGCAACCAUUCAAGGGCACAGGAACUAUCAAGAAGAUCGAAUUGUUUGCAAUUCUGCUUUGAAGAUUCCUAGCCUAGACGGGGACGAGUUGACGAUUGGUAUAGCGGCAGUUUUUGAUGGUCAUGGAGGUUCUGAAGCCAGUGAAUUGGCUUCAAAGAAGUUUUUGGACUAUUUUCUCCUAAAUGUUGUUUUCAAAACUUACAAGGAUGCAUUGUCAUACGAGUUGAUUGAAGAACCAGAUGGCGUCAUCACCUUCAAAAGUGCUCAUGGAACAUUAUCUUUGACGGACAGCGAUACCUUGUUAAAGGGCACUUUGAGAGAAGCUUUAACAAAGACGUUUGAAGAUAUCGAUUCAGAAUUUUCUGAGGAAGCUCUGAAGCAAGAUUAUAUAUCAGGAUCCACUGGAACUGUUGUGCUUUUGGUAAAUGGUCAAGCUCUUGUUGGGUAUGUUGGAGAUUCAAAGGCACUAUUAUGCUCUGACCCAACUCAAACUUCUCAAGUUGCAGAAGGGAUUUCCUCUAGAGCUGGUUUUGCUGAGGAGUUGACUAUAGAUCACAAUCCAAGUAGAGCAGAUGAAAAAGCUCGAAUAGAAGCCAGUGGUGGUUUUAUCCGUACCUGGGGUGUCCCUCGCGUAAACGGUUUGUUGGCUAUGACCAGAGCCAUUGGGGAUCUGACCUUUAAGAGAUAUGGUGUUAUUGCUGAGCCUGAGGUUACUGGAUGGCGAACUUUAACCAGCGAUAAUAGCUUUUUGGUAGUGGGAACUGAUGGCAUAUUUGAGGGUCUGACUCCUUCCGAUGUCUGUGCUGUGUUAAAUGACAAAUCAUGCACAAGGAAGAAUACAUUGUCCGGCAACUCUUCUUGUUUGACCCCAUCUGCUUUAGCUAACCAUAUUGUCUACUCUGCAUUUGAGAAUGGCAGCACUGACAACAUAUCAGUGAUUAUAAUUCCUCUGGACUAG